CUUAGGAGAGAGAAGGAAGAUGAGCGACUCCACGACGGAGGGGGAUCGCGCGAUGCAGCUUCUGCGGGGACUGGAGAAAGAGAUCCUCACUUUGAAAGAAGAGAAUGCGCAACUGAAAGAACAGCUGGACCUUGCCCUGCGGUACAUCCCCAUGUACCCCGACUCGCCGGAUGUGGGCUCUGAUCAUCCCCAGACCCAGCCGCGCCCACGGGCCGGCAGCGCGACGGAAGCGCGCUUGGACGACAAGCAGAAGGGCGGGCGCAAGGUGUCGAAGAAGCUUCAGAAGGCAUACCAGGCCUCCACCAACCGCAUCGUCUCCACAUUCGCACGUCACGAUCCGCUUGUCAUCGAAGGGACGUGCACGAGCACGCUGCACGGCCACUCCGAUGGCGUGUGGUCCGUCUGCAGCAGCGUCAUUGACGGCCUCGACAUGGCUGUGAGUGCGUCUGCUGACCGCACGUGCCGGGUGUGGCUGGUCAACAGUGGGGCGUGUGUUGUGCAGUACAGCGGCCACCGCUCCUCAGCCAACACGGCGACGCUGCUUGACCCUGGUGCACAGGCCGCACACUUUGUUGGCCUCUCCGGCGGCGGCGAUGGCGCCGUGCACCGCUGGCUCGUCGACCGGGAAUUGGCAAACCCGCGUUCGAUUGGAAUGACCGUUGGGGUUGGCGAUGGACAGGACACAAGCCAAGGCGUGGUGUUGAAGCAGCCCGACAGCACAUUCGUCGGUCACACAGCGCCCAUCUCCUCCCUCGCACUCUGCCAGGACAACCAGUGCGUGACGGCAUCGCAUGAUGCAACGGGCCGCCUGUGGGACAUUCCCCGCGGCGUGUCCAUCCUCAAACUGCCCGGACACGAGCAGGAACUCACAGACGUGUGCUGCCAUCCGCACCGCAAGUUCGCCAUCACCAGCUCCCGCGACGCCACAUUCCGCAUGUGGGACUUUCGACAGUCGUCGAUUCGGGAGGUGAGCGUGUGCCAGGGGCACGCCGAUGCAGUCAACUCCACCGCCAUCGUCAGCGAUCACAUUGUCGCAUCGACCAGCGAAGACAGCACACUCAAGAUGUGGGAUUUGCGCAAGAUGCGCUCCCCUCUUCGCGUUAUUCGCCUCAAUUCCCCAGCAAACAAGAUGGCUGUAUCGCCAACGAAGCACCACCUUGCGGUGCCCACGGACGGCGGGUCCGUCAAGCUCUAUGACGUCAACACGGGCGCUCGCGUCGGCCGCAUGCCAAAACGCCGCACUGGGGGCCACCGCCGCGCUGCGUGCUGCGUCUCGUGGCUCUCCGAUGACCGCCUCAUCUCCGCCAGCUUCGACCACACGCUGAUGGUGUGGCAGCUGCGUGCAUAUGAGCGGCACGACAAGUUGCCGCGUCUCGGGCACCGCAGGCAGAGGGAGGCAGCAGCGACGACGACGACAACCUCAACCUCACCUGCACCCGCAACGACAGCAGCAGCAACAACAACAGCGGCGAUGGCGGUGGGCAGUGGCAGCAACGGCAACGGGCACAGCAGUGGCAACGCCAGCAGUCACAACAACGGUGUGAGCAGUAAUGCUGCCAACAGCAACAACAACAGCACCAACGGCAACGCUGCAAGCCACGGCAGUGGCGGACCACCGGACCAUGCGUCCGCCGCAACCACCACGGUGUAGUGUCAUGACUGUGCAUGACUGUGGUGUGGUCGAGGUCAAGCUCUUACACGCACAUGAGACAGAGAGAUAGAGAGACGGAGGUGUUUAUCUUCUGCUUUGUUUUGCCAUGUUGCACUCUGCUUGCUUACUGCUUGUGUCAUUGCUGUGUUUUGAGCCCACAUGCAUCAUCAUUUUUCGACGAAUGUGUUACACUGUUUGCUGUACACAGUGUGCUUCUGCUUGUGUGUGUGUGUGUGUGUGCGUUUGUUCACAACGUGUACAUGUUCUUCUUUGUCGUUACAUUAGACGUGUUGAUCCCUUUACAAUUGUGUGGGGACUGUUCAGAGUGAAAUCGAG